AUGUCUUGCUGUGGAGGAAACUGCGGCUGCGGCUCUAGCUGUGGCUGCGGCAGUGGAUGCCGCGGGUAAAAUCGAGUUCCGAGUCCUUGAUCGUUCUCUCCUCUUGUUUAGAUCGUUCUCGUCGUCGUCCCAUUUUUUAUGUUCUUACAUGCGUUUGCUCGUGAUCCGUGGAUCUACUCCAUCUUGCUUUCUUGUUCUGAUAUCCUCCCUUCCGUUGGCAUAGUCGUCGUUCGACUUCGUAGAGAAAUUUUAUUGUGAUCUGAGGUUCUCUUGCUGUUCUAUGUCGGCUUUGAUGUUGGCGUUCUUCGCUUGUAUCCUCUGUCGGUGGUAUAUUUUCUCCGCAUGUCCUGGAAGCCGAUUUCUCUGCGCGGAUAGGAUCUGUAUCACUGAUUGUUUUCUGUAAUUUUAUUAAUGUUAUUUUACGAUGACGGGAUCUCUGCAUUUGGGGGGAGUCGCAGUAGGCGUUGUCCCCUGUCGAUCUCCCAAACCGCCUCUCGGGCGCAGCCAUCUCCUAAUUUCCUCAAGUUGGUGACGAGCCUGAUGAGAUUCGUAAAGCUGCACUCGCCUCUGCUAUAUGUUAUAUAUUUUCUGUAUAAUUUAUCGAUUCGGCAGCUGGAGAGGAACGUUAGUUGAUCGUCUCGUUCCCCUCCCUUUACUCCCCUUUGCGAAGACUCCCACCCUUCCUCUCUAUUCUACGUGAUCACUCACUGCCUUGCCUUAUCCGACUGCCCGGAAAGAUGCCAAUAGAGUUUUUUAUUUUACUGCACCGCUAUAAAAAUAAUCGGUUUUUGACAAUCAUUAGUUAGUGAUGCUGACAUGGCGUCACGGCGGCAUUUACCUGUAACUAAAAUUAUCCCCUGCUCUCGGUCAAGUCCACGUAGUCAUUUCUCCGCCUCUUCUUUUCUCCGACCGCAGGUGCAAGAUGUUCCCUGACUUGGAUGACGAGAGGAUGACCACCACCGGCACCUUGGUCCUCGGGGUUGGAACCGAGAAGGCGUACGAGUCUUCCCGCUGAACUUCCUACCCUCUGUACUUCUACCCACUUCUCGAUGUCCGCUUCCCCACUAAUUGCCCUUUUGUUUCUGCGAAUGCUUCCUGCAGAUCAUUCCAGGGAUUCGAGAUGGCCGCCGGCUCCGAGGGCGGCUGCAAGUGCGGCUCCAACUGCACCUGCGAUCCCUGCACCUGCAAAUGA